AACUUGCUUCAAGCAACCGACUUGCCUACAACACCAUGCCCGUCUUUGAGUCGAUUCGCUACCUCCCGACUCACGAGCUGCGCAAGUACUUCCGCUACCCGCUCAAGGAGGCCGCCAAGCGCUUGCGCUCGUAUGAAGGCGCCGUGAUCCGUCUUUGCCGCCAGCGCGGCUUCCCCAAGUGGCCGUACCGCCAGCUGGCCAAGUUGAGUCGCAAGAUGCGCUUCCUCGACAACGUCAUCGCCAAGAUGGAGGACGGGCCGACGGUCCAGGUCGCGGCCCGCCGCGCGCAGCUCAAGGCCCAGUACAACGCGAUCAAGUACUGGGACCCCAACACCUCUCGGACGUCCUUCACAGCGCUCAUCGACACCGCCGACUGUGAGAGCGACGACGCCGGUAGCUACGACGACGGCAGCGUCUACACCAACAGCGACGACCAAGCCCAGAAGAGCCAUGAGCCGUCCAAGAUGGCUAUUUCCUUUAUCCUCCAUCUCUAGUUUUGCAUCAGUUCUGUCUGUAGUGUGUUUUUGUCCAUGUCCGAUGAUUAUAAUUCCAACCUAUUUUGCAUUUUACUGCACACGUC